UGGAGCUGUCAUGGUCCUGAUCAUGUCUACGACAAACCUCAAUCCUGCCUUUGCGAUAUUUACACUGAUUGCUACGGUCGCUGGCAGCGAAUGGUUCACAGAGGCCAGGUCCCGAGAGAGAUGAGUACCACGUGAGCCACCGUGUGUGUCUCCCUUGCUUCACAUCGUGUCACGGCCUCAACUCGUCAACAAUCAAUAUGGCCUUCCGGCACUCCAUAUCUCUGUCGCGCAGCGCUGCUCGCUCUGUUCAAGCUCUAGCGAGAUUCAACGAUGCAAGCGCUACCGCUACCACCGUUCGCCUGGCAAGACAGUUCUCGGCUACAGCACAUGCGCGGGCGCCAUUCGAACAAGUUUUCGAAGCGGCCUGCACAUCCCGUGAGCUUCCCGGCGUAGCUCUGCUCGCAGCUAAUCAAACGGGCACACUGAGAUACAGCAAGGCCUUUGGCUUUCGCUCGCUGCGAGACGACAAGGCCAAGGAGCACCUCGACGUAGACUCGCCAAUGUACAUAGCUUCAUGCACGAAGCUGAUUACCUCAAUCGCGGCCAUGCAAUGCGUCGAACGCGGCUGGAUUGCUCUUGAUGAUGACGUUCGGCCCUUCGUGCAUGAGCUGCGGGAUAUUGACGUCGUGACGAAGAGUAGCAAUGAUCAAGGCUUUUCAUCCCACAAGAAUGAAGCACCAAUUACCCUGAGACACUUGUUAACACACACAUCUGGUUUCUGUUACGAGUGGAAUGAGCCGCUGCUGCAGGCUUGGCGACGCCAGCAACCGGAACAUCGACGAGAGCCGGGCACCAGCCUUCGCGGUCGCUUCCUUCACCCUCUGAUCUACGAGCCAGGCACUAGCUGGUCCUACGGGCCGUCCGUCGACUGGGCCGGCGUCCUCAUCGAGCGCCUAAGUGGCCUAAACCUUGAGAGCUACAUGAGACGGCACAUCUGGGAGCCGUUAGGCAUCAAGUCCAUGACCUUUUUCCUCUCCACCCGACCCGAUAUGCGGUCUCGAGCAGUACACAUGAGCUAUCGGGAACCCAAAGGAGACCAAACCGACGCCUUGUCACCGGUGGGGUACGCGGAGGAGCAGCUUGUCCUCAAUCCGGACGUAGAAGACUGUCUGGGCGGCGGCGGCAUAUACGCCGCUCCGUCGGAUUAUCUGAAAGUCCUUCAAGCACUUCUCGCUGCGGCCUGCCCAUCGGCUACAGACGGGCCAUCCGUCCCCCCGGCGCAGCUCCUGCGGCGCUCAAGCGCGGAAGAAAUUUUCCAGCCUCAGCUCAACGAGUCGGCACGGAAUGCCAUGUAUGGUGUAUGCCGGAUGCCGGGCCUCAGUAUGAUCAUGGGUGGCGGGCCGACCACAACGCGGAAGGACUGGGGAUUAGGCGGGAUCUUAGUUAUGGAGGAUCUGCCAUCGUGGCGUCGGCGAGGCACCAUGGCGUGGUAUGGCAUGCCGAACCUCAACUGGUGGAUCGAUCGCUCAGCAGGACUGUGCGGGCUUUACGCGUCGCAGCUGAUGCCGCUCGCGGAUGCAAAAUCGGCGGAGAUGAUUGAGUUGUUCGAGAAGGAGAUGUAUGCUAGACUGAGUUCAUAGUGCUCGCUCUGGCGAGUUGAUAGCUAAUACCGCUUUCUCUAGUCGCUGUGAUACUGUUAUGUCGUAGAGCUCUAAUGUGCCCUAAACGCGGCCUCAAUCGCGUCGGAAUCUAGCCUCUAAGCAGGUAGCAUUAAGUUAUAUGCCCAAAGAUUCUCUGACCUUUACUUGGUAGUGGCAGUGUCACGGU